UGGAUAUAUAGAUACAUAAUAUAUAGUGAAUAUAGUGAUCCUAUAGCAGUCAAUAUAAUCCAGUCAAUGUAAUCCAUGCGAAUUUGGAAGUUAUAGGAACCUAUACGAAUCUAUAGUUGAGACAGUUACUAUAGUUGAUACUAUAGUUAAUAUGGUUAUGGUUAGAAUGGUAAACCUAUAUCUGUAUGCUGAUGCUACGCUUAGCGAAAUUCCGUUUCGUGGAUUAGCUUACCGAACAGGCGACGGCCCCACCAGCAGCUCCCAAGAGACCUCCGAAGAAGCCAACUUCGGUCUUGUCAGUGUAGGUGGCAUUAGGGGUUCCGGAGCAACAGCUGAAGCAUCUAAAACAAUCAUGCCAACACUGUCCACAUUCACUACCAGGGUGUUCCACUUGGGAUAUCUCCAGUUCUUGUAGCGAAAUUGAGUCCGAACUUCUUCGAAAUUCCGGGGCUGCGGUAGGGGUAUACGACGGAGGAGCUUGCUCUGGAGUAUAAUCUGGUAAUUCGUUUUGUUUCAUACCUCUUUGCUUGUAUUCUUUGGUAUUAUUUGUUCUAUUAUCU